AUGGAGGCGGCGGCGCCCGGCGGAUUGGUGCUGCCGGGUGCUCUCGCUCUUCUCCUCAUCCUCCUCUUGCUGCUGCUGGCGGCCGUGCUGCGCCGCGCCACCUCCCGAGGGCUGCCUGCCGUUCCGCCGGACGGUUCCAAGGCGAACGGCCACGCUGUUGCCAGGCCGGAGGAGCACAGGAAGGCGAAGCAGCCGGCACGGACCCGGAGGGACAAACCGCAGCAGCACAACUUCACGCACCGGCUGCUGGUCGCCGCCCUAAAGGGUCACAGCGGCUCUGUCUCCUGCCUGGACUUCAGCAGCAACGGCAAGUACCUGGCGUCGUGCGCCGACGACCGCACGGUCCGGCUGUGGAGCACCCGGGACUUCACGGCCCGUGAGCACCGCUGCCUGCGCGCCAACGUGGGGCUGGACCACGCCGAGCUUGUCCGCCUCAGCCCCGACUCUCGGGCAUUCAUUGUUUGGCUGGCCAAUGAAGAGACUAUUCGUGUCUAUAAAAUGACUAAAAAGGAUGAUGGCAGCUUCACCUUCACUGCAUCUUCUGGGGACUUCCCAAAGAAGCACAAGGCUCCUGUCGUUAACAUUGGGAUUGCAGAGACAGGAAAGUUUAUCAUGACAGCUUCCAGUGACACUACCAUCCUGAUAUGGAGCCCGAAGGGUGAGGUCCUGGCCAGCAUUAACACUAACCAGAUGAACAAUGCCUAUGCCAUGGUGUCACCCUGUGGGAGGUUCGUGGCAUCUUGUGGCUUUACCCCUGAUGUGAAGGUGUGGGAGGUGUGUUUUGGCAAGAAUGGAGACUUCCGGGAGGUGGCCAGGGCUUUUGAGCUGAAAGGCCACACUGCUGGCAUAUACUCCUUCUCCUUCUCUAAUGACUCCAGGAGGAUGGCGACUGUUUCCAAGGAUGGGACAUGGAAGUUCUGGGACACAGACGUGGAAUACAAGAAGCAACAGGAUCCGUACCUGCUCCUGACAGGGAGGUGCGAGGUGACAGAGCCUUGUCGCAUCGCCCUGUCCCCCGACGCUCACGUGGUCGCCAUCUCCAGUGGCACAGACAUUGUGGUGUACAACACCAGGAGAGGAGAGGAGGAGGAACGCUUCACUGGCGUGCAUGGGCAGUGCAUCACAGACUUGGCUUUUGACACCAGCAGCCGCUACCUGGUGUCAGCUGGGGACCGGGCCAUCCGUGUGCUGCACAACACGGCUGGUCACCGGGCUGUGGUGGAGGAGAUGGAGACCAUGCUGAAAAAAACUGGCAACAAAGCCACCCGGGAGAGACUGGAGCAGCAGAUCUCCAGUGCCCGCAAAGCGCUGGCCACGAUCUAUGGCAAGAAGCACUAA